AAUUAACACGUGAUAUUUUCAACCAAAUUCAAUCCCAAUAAACGAGUUACAUAGAUUUAUUUAAUGACUGAAUCUACUCUAAGAGCCACUCUAAAUAUAAAAAUUGUUUUUUUUUUCAUUUGUGUGGGUAUGCCCAAGACAUUUGUGUUUGUGCCCAACUAAGGAUUGCUCAUACCAGAGACAGAGACCACCAUUGGUUGAUUAACGAACAAACCCAUCAUGGAGCAACCUUAUCAAGUGAAUGCGUAACUGUAACUGCAAAAACUUCAGCACUUUAUUAUAAGGAAAUGGUUGGUCGAAUCCGUGUUUUGGAGUGGGAAGCAGUGCGAGUUAUCGAAUCUUGUUGCACCACACUCAACCAUGCAAAACAAGUUCACGCUCACAUCUACCGCAACAAUCUCCACCAAUGUUCCUACGUCAUCACCAAUCUCCUUCGUUUCCUCACCAAUCUCCCUCACAUUCCCGUUUACUCCUACCCUCACCUUCUCUUCUCACAGGUCCAUUCUCCUAACCCUUUCCUCUAUUCCGCUCUCAUUCGUGCUUACGCUCGUAAUGGACCCUUAUUCCAAUCCAUUCGUUUAUACUCUUCCAUGUUGAACCGUAACAUUUCACCAGUUUCGUUCACUUUCUCCGCUCUUUUUUCAUCCUUAAAAAACCCCAUUUUAGGAUCACAGCUUCAUGUUCACGCACUGUUGUUUGGGUUUGUCUCUGAUUUAUAUGUUAGCAACACCAUUAUUGAUAUGUAUGUGAAAUGUGGGCUUUUGAGCUCCGCGCGGAAGGUGUUCGAUGAAAUGCCACACCGGGAUGCGGUUUCUUGGACUGAGUUGAUUGUCGCUUAUGCAAAGAGUGGGGACAUGGAUUCCGCGCGGGAGUUGUUUGAUGGGUUGCCUGGUAAGGAUAAGGUUGCUUGGACUUCUAUGGUUACUGGGUAUGCUCAGAAUGCCAUGCCGAAGAAAGCGUUGGAAUUUUUUCGACGGUUGCGAGAGGCUGGCGUAGAGACGGAUGAGAUUACAUUGGUUGGUGUUAUUUCUGCUUGUGCCCAAUUGGGUGCUUCUGGGUAUGCUAAUUGGAUAAGGGGCAUUGCUGAGAGUUCUAGGUUUGGGUCUGCAAAUAAUGUUCUUGUGGGGUCUGCAUUGAUAGACAUGUACUCUAAAUGUGGUAAUGUGGAGGAAGCUUAUAAUGUGUUUAAAGGAAUGAAGGAAAGGAAUGUUUUUUCUUACAGUUCUAUGAUUGCUGGGUUUGCAGCGCAUGGUUGUGCUCGUGCCGCGAUCAAAUUGUUUUAUGAGAUGUUGGAGACUGGGAUAAAACCAAAUCAUGUUACUUUUGUAGGUGUGUUUACGGCCUGUAGUCAUGCCGGCAUGGUAGAACAGGGUCAGCAUCUCUUUGGUGCCAUGGAAGAAUGUUACGGUGUUGCUCCAACUGCAGAUCAUUAUGCUUGCAUGGCUGAUCUUCUUGGCCGGGCAGGACAAUUGGAUAAAGCGCUCCGGCUUGUUCAGACAAUGCCUAUGGAGCCCAACGGAGGUGUGUGGGGAGCACUUCUUGGAGCAUCACACAUCCAUAGAAAUCCUGAUGUUGCUGAAAUUGCUUCUCACCAUUUGUUUGAGCUUGAACCUGAUAACCUGGGGAAUUAUUUAUUGUUGUCCAACACGUAUGCCUUGGCUGGAAGAUGGGAUGAUGUAUCCAGGGUCAGGAAAUUGAUGAGAGAAAAGCAAUUGAGAAAAAAUCCGGGGUGUAGCUGGGUCGAAGCGAAGAAUGGUAUUGUACACGAGUUCUUUGCUGGGGAUGUGAAACAUCCAGAGAUUAAUGAGAUAAAGAAGGCAUUAUAUGAUCUUUUGCAGCGACUGAAGGCUAAUGGAUAUCAACCAAAACUAAAUUCUGUGCCGUAUGAUAUUGAUAAUGAAGGAAAAAGGCUUUUACUUAUGUCACAUAGUGAAAAACUUGCUUUGGCUUAUGGACUGUUAAGUACAGAUGCAGGUUCCACUAUAAAGAUUAUGAAGAACCUUAGGAUAUGCGAGGACUGUCAUAUUGUAAUGUGUGCCACAUCCAAAGUUACAGGAAGAAAAAUUAUUGUGAGGGAUAACAUGAGAUUCCACCACUUCCUUAAUGGGACUUGCUCUUGUAAUAAUUUUUGGUGACCAAGAUUAGGUCCACAUGGAGGUGAUAAACAUAUAUAUUGGCGUUGGAGGAAUAACUUUGAAGGAGUGACCAUUUUUUGUUAUUGCCAAAUGUAAAGAAUUGCCUUGUGGCUGCCUACAUAAUAGCAAUUGGAUGAUACAUGAAUUUUAAAUCAAUUGCACUCCUAUUCACUCUAAGGGGCUGUUUAAUUUAUCACAUAAUGAAGUUAAAUUAAAGAUGAAGAAGGCAAGGUGGAUCAAUUCUUGUGUGACCAUUGGUAGGUAUAACCAAUCCUAAGCUCAGGAUGACUUGUGAGCAUAAUAUAAGAGCCAGUUUUGAAGUUCUCUGGUAUAUCUACAGACCCUAAUAUACAAGGUUUUUUUUGGCAAGGGCAACUGCUAUACAAAAUUUUCGUCCAUAGCAAAGCAAAUGUCAUACCAAUUUAUGAUCAGUGUAAUUAUGUAGUAGUAAAAUCAAGUGACGAUACAGGGAGAUGAGAAACAACAAACGCUGUAAUGGGUAAUAAAAUGAACCUUAUUAUAUUGACUCUGGUGGAAUAGUGAAACUUCAAAUAGGCAGUGAGGAAUAAGGCAGAAAGCAACACGGAAUGGAGGAGGUAAGGAAGAAACCUGCUAAAGGAAGCCCUUAUCUUUAUGGGUCUUCAAUUGGUUAUAGCAGGUGCAUGUUUUAGUCAAGUUGUUAGAAUACAUACAGUCUUUCAUUCGCAUACAUCUAGUUCAUCAAUAUCACAUGACAUGCACUUGUAUAUUUGUUAUUCACAAUAUUGAGUUAGAGCAAGGAUUAAGUAGAAAUUUUGGACGGGUUUGGAGAUCGUAUAUGGAACUAUAUUCCAGUUUUAUGCCAUAUCGCCUUCCAUCCCGAAGCUUGCAUCCAGGAAAGUCCUCACUGAACCUCAUGAUAUUUCUUUAGUUCAUUGUUGAAAUUGGGGUUGGUGUUUUGUAUGACAGUGGUUCCUUACAAGAAGGAGAUUUUGGUCCAAAAUGAAUAACCUCAUAUAUUGAGUAUCUGACAAUAAAUUGUUUGAUCCAUUUUCUUAGUCCACUCUAAAUUCUUCUCAGCUCAAAACUAUCAAUAUAAUGCAUAUAUACUCGCCUCUU